CGAAGUCUCAGAUCCGGUUAUCUCCUUUGUCUCCACCACUUCUGCACUUUGGAAAGUUAUUCAUGAUCUUUUCACGACAACAAGAAUGCUCGUGCCAUGCAACUAGAGCACGAGUUCCGCACCACUGUCAAAGGCAACACCCCCAUGGUGGCCUACUGUCAGCAUAUGCAGAAUCUUGCUGAUUGGCUGGACGAUGUUGAUGCCCCGGUGUCACAACACCAACUUGUCCUUCAAAUGCUUUGUGGACUUCCCGCAGAUCUGCAGGCCCAAACAUCCUUCCUUCAAUUUCAGGAUCCGCUGCCUAAUUUUCUCCAAGCCCGCUCCGCCCUUAUGUUAUUGGACCGGCAAUGCUGCCCCAUGGCCGACACGAGCAGCACGGCCCUUAUCACCGGACGACCUGGCAUUCCCGGCGGCGGACGGCAACCCAUCGGCGGCAGCAGCGGCGGAUCCCAGCAGCACGACAGUGGCGGCGACAGCUUCCAUGGCGGCGGGACCCAGGCCCAGCACGGCAGCAGCUACGGUGAGGGCGGCUCCUCCGGACAGCGCAACGGCUAUGGACGCGGCGGAGGGCACGACAAUGGGUCUAGAGGUAGAGGUCGUGGACGACAAAGCGGCUCGAGGCAGCGGACCUAUCCCGACGGCUCAAACGCCUCGAACUCACCUUACCGAAAUCAAAACCCGGGCUUAUUGGCGUUCUGGAUGUUCGAAAGAAGUUAUACUUUCAUUGAUUUGAUCUACUUUUUAUUGUCUCUAAUAUAUAAAAUAUUGCGCAUAUAAAUAUAAAUAGUCCAAUCAUUUUCAACAUAAUCAUAUUGUAAAAACAAUACUUCGUAUUUAGUAUCUUCGAUCAAUUAAGCUUAACUGCAUUG